ACUGGUUGACUUUUAUGCAUGAAAUAAAGAGGAAUGUUUCCAAAUAUAAAAGUGAUCAUUGCUUGAAGUGAAUAUUCAGUAAAAAUGAUAAAUACAACCAAUGGACUUGAAAUGUACCCUUAAUUAUAGAAUGACCCAGGUGUUUGCUGGUAUUUGAAGAUGUGAUAAACUGAGCUGCAGGACCAAUGAUCCAGACUCCCAAUCUCAGGCCAUAAAUGAAGGCUAACCAAUACGGUUUAGUGCGGAUCGCGCUUUUAAUAGUUUUUUGUAGCUUAUGUUCUUAUUUUCGCAUAGAUUUUGGUUACUUAUGUAAAGUGUCUGAAAAUACAUAACCUGCAUUUUUAUGUAGUGAUUGUUUUUUAAUAGUGCUUUCUAUUUUACAUGAUAUUAUAUUUACUUAAUGUUCAUAAUAUCCACAUAAUCAAUAUCUGUUAAGCUUUUAACAAAAACUUAGGCACAAAAUAUACACUUAUAAUGUCAAAUGUCAAUUUAAAAAUACAUUGAAAAUAAGAUGUAAAGGGCUCCCUGAAACCUCCCAGAUGUUCGAUGAGACCAUGAAGGGCCAUUUCCUUGUCCUCUUCGUCCAUAGCGAGGAAAAGAGGCUCUUCCGUCGGCCUGAGACUGGUGGUCUGGAUCGUAUGUCUUCAAAUGAGUGGCUGCGGGUCUGAAGAUGGAUACUAUCGGGGAAGAUGUGACGAUAUGUAGGGAGAGAAGAUUUUACACGUGUGUCGGGUUUAGUCGAUAAAACACUUCCGUAAAGGAAACUGUACUUGGAUGCGAAUAAAAUCACAACCGUUCGUGUUUUGCGCAAUUGAGUUGGAUACAUGGACACUGCGCAUGUCACAAACUCUACGGACUAUCCAGUGUUUCUGUCGCGGCGCAAAACUGAAUAUAAUCUAAAUCACAAAAUAAACAGAUGUGUUUGGUACUGAGUUUGUGUCAGUGACUGAAGGAGAUUCUGUUACUCUGUCUGUAAAUCUCACUGAAAUACAGAUGGAGGAGGAAAUCUCCUGGAAGUUUGGACGUCAAGCCAUUACAAUAGCUGAAACAGAAAAAAAGGGCAAGUUGCCCAUUUUACAUGAAGAUAGAGCUGAUGGAAGAUUCAGAGACAGACUGAAGCUGGAUCAAACUGGAUCUCUCACCAUCAACAACAUCAGAACUGAUCACUCUGGACUUUAUAAAAUCAUCAACAAAACCUCAGGGAAUCAACUCAAUAUAUUCAACAUUACUGUCUAUGCUCGUCUGUCUGUUCCUGUCAUCAGCGGAGACUCUUCAUCAUCAAGAUCAAACUGUUCUGUGUUGUGUUCAGUGAUGAAUGUGUCACAUGUGAGUCUCUCCUGGUACAAAAGAAAGAGUUUAUUGUCCAGCAUCAGUGUGUAUGAUCACAGUAACAUCAACAUCUCUCUUCAUCUGGAGUGUCUGGAUGAUUCUUACACAUGUGUGCUGAACAAUCCCAUCACAAACCAGACUCAACAUCUCAACACUGAUGUCUGUCACAAGUGUUCAGUUUUAUUGUCACAGAUGUCUCUGAAGAAGACCACAUCUGCAAGUGUACUUUUACUGAAGUUGUGAUCCGAUUGGUCGUCUCUGCUCUGGUGGGUGUGGCUGCUGUUGCUGUUGUGGUUUAUGACAUCAGAUCCAGAACAGAUGAACAGAAGAAGAAGAGAUCAGAUCAGAAAAUAAGACCAGACAUUGAGUUAAACACACUUGAUUCAGCUGGGUCUUAGAGUCGGCCAUCAUUUGAAUUUGAUGAAUUCUGAUUCUGCUUAUCGAUUCUGAUUGGCAGUUUAAAUGUCAAAGUUUUAAAAAAUUAAACAUGACAUCAAACAUUAUACACCAAGAUAUAUAGUCACAUAGCAUCUUCAUUGACUGCUUUGCAAAUAAUAGCCUGUGAGCAGUGUUUUGAAGAGAAACGUUCAGUUUUAUCCAUUCUGUCAGAUAACUGUGUUAAGAAAUAAAAUACUGGAUCUCAGUUUAAGUGUUUUACACCAGCCUGUGUUCCUGAGAUAUGAUGUUUAAUGUUGCUGUGAUGCAUUCUUGUUUUUCUGUUUGUGCUUGUUUUGCAUUUUGACUUGAAAUGUCCACAUUUUUUCACCCUCAUGUCAUUUAAAACCUGUUUAUUCAGAGCACAAAAUAAGAUAUUUUGAAGAAUGUCGAUAAGCGAACAACAGCGGUACCCAUUGACUUCUAUUGUAUUACACAAAAUCGAUGCAAGUCAAGGAGUCUAAAAAUUCUUCAGAAUAUCUUCUUCCAAUAAGUUGACAUCUAUUUAAUAACUUUAAUGAAGAAAAUCGUUUCCAUUCUGUUAUUGAAUAAAGUUUUGUCCAAAACAAUAUUGAGUAGAAAGUAGUAUCUGCUACUCUUUAUAAGUAUCAAUAGUAUCUUACGAAUGAAAGAAAUAACAGCCAUUUUUAUAUAGUACAGAGCAUAUCGCUUAGAAAUUCUUUAAUUGUCACUAAACGGAGUUCAAUUAUAUUUAAACUUUGGUGUUUCCAUUAAAACCAAUACAAUUCCCAUUAUAUCCAUUAAAUCUAUUAAAUGUGUUUUGGAUAGGUGCUGUUUUUUAGUAGAGAUUAUAAACAGACACCCAAAACACAGCAACACAAAACCUUUUA